CUUCUCUUCUGCCUCCGGCUGCCAGGGGAGCGAGCUGGGGGGAACAGAGAGCGGAGGGCGGCGGCGGCAGCAGCAGCAGCAGCAGAAGCCGCCGAGCCAGGAACCGGCCCCGUCGAACAAGCGCCCAGCCGAGGGAGCUGCGGGGCUGCCGCUGCAGGUGGUUCCACCACGAGGGCGGCGGCUGCCCAGGCUCCUCUGGGGGCUGCCUGGGGCGGGUUCCGACUACUCGCCCCCCAGGAAAAGCCCGGACUAUCACAGGUCCGCCUGGACGUAAGCAGAGCCGCAGACUAUUCCAUUCGGGUUUGGUCCGCCUGCAAACUCCGGAUCCGCUCUGGAGGUGGCGGGGAGAGGGCGGGGAGUAAGGAUACGCUGAACGCCGCCGCCUGACAGGCGCCGAGAUCCCCUCCGGGAUGGAAGGAACCCACCUGGUGAGCAAACCCGUCGUGGACAAGAAUUGAUCCACACACCAUCCCUCGGGGCUCCGGAGAGACUCCAGAUUUGCCUAAGGAGGCCGAGAAGGGAUUGGUCGGAAGCCGAGAGAGGCGGAGAGGGGAGGAGAGAAAGAGAGAUCCACGAGCAUCACUUCUGGCAAGAGAUCUGCCAGAUCCGAGAUCUUACUCGGCGGCUGAAGCGGUGAAGAGAGCUAAGAAGGGUGAGGCGGGACCCCGUCGCGUCUGACCGCCGAAUCCUCACCAGGAAGACCGGGGGAGAUGAGCCACCGCGCUCGGACUCUAGUGGAUUCCAGAUCCUUUGGGGACAGCCGGCUCGGAACGUGGCAGAUCCGGAAGGAUACCAGCUAAGCUUGCGCCCCGUCGAACUGCGAGAGAAACUUCGCUUGGGACCCAAGGCUGCACUUUCAGGACAGGAGAGGACAGUUGCCGCCCCACGGUGCCCCUUGGGGACCAGCGACAUGUGAUCCUGCGGACAGAUCAACGAGAUCCUCUCCGACCCACCGACUGCUUGACAGCGACUUCCCCGGAGCAGGAAGAGGAGCCGAGGGGUAUCCGAGCCCCUCCGAUGCAAUGGCUAGUUAGCAGGCUCCACCCGCUGAGAUCCCAGAAAACGACUGGAUCGCCAGCGUCCUUCGCCGCCAUCCAUGCAGACCCUGGAAGAUCCCGCCUAGAUCCUCGAUUGGCUGGCGCCGUGACAGUCCAGAGACACCCCUCUGGUCCCUUCCCUCCCCCAGCUGGGCUCUAGCUUGGGACCCUGGCUGUUCCUACACCCUCCAGGUGUGGGGCAGCCUGAGUGCACCGGGCAAAGGGGUGACACCGUCCAGAAAUGCCCUGGGUGGUCUUUGGUCUGCUGUUGGUGCUUCUUCGAGGGUCGAGGGCUCUGCAGAGGGCAGAGCUGUCUGAAUGUUUUAUGGUGAAUGGGGCCGAUUACCGGGGGACACAGAACAGAACCUCUCCCGGGAGCACGGGGCGGCCCUGCCUCUACUGGAACCAGACGCGAGAGCAUGCCUACAACACCGCCAAGUACCCCAACGGCGAAUGGGGCCUGGGCAGCCACAACUAUUGUCGCAACCCGGACGGGGACGUACAGCCCUGGUGCUACAUCUCGGAGAACGAGGAAGGCAUCUACUGGAAGUAUUGUGACAUCCCGACCUGCCACAUGCCAGGUUACGUCGGCUGCUUCUUAGAUUCUGGGACCCCACCAGCCCUGAGUGGGAGCAGCGGCACCUCCACCAAGCUUACAGUGCAAGUCUGCCUCAGCUUCUGCCGCAAGCGGGGCUAUAAGUUUGCUGGCGUAGAGGCUGGUUAUGCCUGUUUCUGUGGCCACGAAGGGGAUGUCCGACGUAGCCAGCCAGUGAGUGCCGUGGAAUGCGACCAAGUCUGCUUUGGCAAGUCCAGCGAGUUGUGUGGAGGAGAUGGCCGGAUUGGCAUAUACAAUGUAUCCAUGGGUGCCUGCCAGGGAAACUUCAGCGAUCUCUCUGGAGUGAUUUACUCUCCGCAGUUCCCGGAUGACUACGAAGCCGACAGCAACUGCAGCUGGUCCCUGCACCCCCUGGGCUGUGAGUCCGUGGAGGUCACCUUCCGGAUCUUUGACGUGCAUGACCCCAACGACCGCCUGGAGCUGUGGGAUGGACACAGCAAUCUCUUGCUGGCUCAGUUUGACGGACGCCGGAGGCCGGGGGCUCCCCUGCUGUUCCCCACCGACCACCUGCUCCUCUCCUUCCAUUCGGAUCAGCUCCUGCAAGCCCAGGGCUUUGCCAUCUUGUACAGAGGAGUGAAAGGUCCCCCUAUCAACGGAGCCCGGUCUGAUUUACGAACCCUACCGGGUGACGGAUCCCGUCUCAUCCCAACCUCCUCCGAUUGGUUGAACUCCACCUGGACCUACAGCGCCAAUGACUCUGCCAUUGGGGUAGGAGCUUGGGUGAUGUACACAGCUACAGGGACCUUCAUCCUAGCCAUCCUCAUCAUCUCGUACCAUCUACGCAAGAGGACCUGCCUUUUUGUGCAAAAGAAGACUGGCAGCUCUCUGGGCCCUUUCUCCUCCAAAGGCCCUCGAAGCCGCUGCCAGUGCCUUGGGGGCGAGGCAUGGGCCGUGGCCUACCGCCACACCCGUGUCGUGAUCUGCACCACGCGUGGCGCCCCGCACCACCGCCCCUUGCGCAACGGGGGCGGGGUUGCCGGGGACGACGAGGCCUCCUCAGACUGCUCAUGCCUGUGCCACAGUUACGAGAACCUUUCGUCCACCAACCAGUCCUCUCUCAAAUCUCUCAUCUCCACCAUCUGAGGCCAUGCGAACCUUAUAACUUCCACCUUCGCCCCUGUCAUGACCAGCUCCCUUUCUACUGCCAGAUCCCUGGAGCAGAACUUCCUUAGUUUGCUAGGAACCAAGAGACCAACCUUCUAAGCAUAUGCUCUCCGGGUGGGAGGCAGGGGAGCCGGAAUUUAAUGGAAGCCAAUGCACCAUUUGGCACAGAUAAGAACGUUCUGGAGAAACUGAAAGUUGUUUUGACAGCAGGAACUUGUGUAGCAACAUUGCCUAAACAACCUUCUCUGGGCCAGGAGAGUACUGAGGUGGUGAGAAUCCUAUUGCCACAUCCCUUUGGGGGAGACAUCUGUGCCUUCUUUGAAGCUGGGAUUUCCCCUGGGGUUUUGUAAACCUUGCCCGUGGGACAAAGAGUUUUGGUGGAAGUCUCCCAUCGUGGCAGGAUUCAUACCUGCAUGGAAUUUAGGACUGUGUGACAGGAGAGAUGCGUUCUCUAUAACACAUGGAAGUUCAGGCAGCUCUCAGGUUCACGUUUUGUGCGACGCCAAGGCCUGGGAAUGGUGAGAUCCUGGCUGCAUCCUCAAAGAGGUUGGAGCGGGGAAAGCCUUCAGUUCCACAGGCUCAUCCGUGGAUGCUGAAUUGGGGCGGGGGGGGGGCAGGGAAUGGUGGUAUUCGUGUGCAGAUCCCAUUACCGGUGUCACUUUGGGGACAUUUGGGUGCAAACAGAGGCCACGGGGCACUUGAAAGACUUUUCACUUGGCUACACGGGUGUACAAAGACACACCAAAAAAGAACAGGGGAGAUCAAAACCAGCCCCCUUGCCUGUUGUGUCCCAGAGCCGCACGAUGGAUUUUGGAGCAUAAAACCUUCAUUAAAUUAUUUUCAUAUCGGUAA